AUGGCGGCGGCGGGUUUCGUGCACUGCCCCAGCGAGAACUGCCCUGACGUGGCGCAGUGCUUCUUCUGCCUAAAGGAGCUGGAGGGCUGGGAGCCUGACGACGACCCGCUGGAGGAACACAAAAAACACUCUGCGGGCUGUGCUUUUCUCUCCCUUCAGAAAGAUCCUACCAGCCUGACAUUGCAGGAGUUCCUGAAGCUGGACAAAGAACGCAUGAAAAAUGCACUUAAAAAAGAAAUUUCUCAGAAGGCAAGUGAGGUUGAAAAUGCGGCCCAGAACGUGCGUCAAGAAAUAGCAAAACUGGUCUCCUAA